AGCAGCGCUUAUGGGAGCUUCUGAGACCAGUGUGAGCACUGCUGGUCUCCAGUCGCCUUCCCAGCACUGCAAGUGGAGGACGAGUGGAGGAGGAAGGAGGAGGAGGAGGGGGAGUAUCCGUCCUCAUGCCCUAGGCGGGAGAAAGAAAAACGGGAAAGGAAAAGGGAGAGAAAGUGAGAAGGAGCAUGCUAGAGAUGCAGAGAGUGUGAAAAUAUAGGGGAAAUGAGAGGGGGAGAGAAACGAGGAGAUGAGGGCAGGAGAGGAAAAUAUAUAAAAAGAUAAAAGCAAGGAGUAGAAAAAGAGAGAGGGAGAGCAGGGUGGCACAGGGAGAAGAGCAAAUGAGUGAGCGAAUAGGAGGAGAAGAGAGAGAGUGAGAGCAAGCGAGAGGGAGGGAGGCGAACAACACUGCAGACACUCGCCCACUGUCACUGCUCCACAGCCAGAGGACAGAGGCAGCAACGGCAGUGGAAGCGGAUACGAUGGAGGAGGAAGACCGAACCAUCCAUCUGCAGCUCAGUCCCCGUCACUGACAGCCUCCCUCUGGGACCAUCCUGCCAAGUUGGGAGCGGAGAAAAAAAAAGAAAACUACUCUGUCUGUCCUUCACAAGACCAAGCACCGGACCUCAACUCCUGCAGGACUGAUAACACACACCACACACACACACACACACAUACACACCUCAUUAUUUCUCCCCUCUCCCCUCUCUUACACUUCCUCACACCCUCUCUCAAACUGAAGCACACUUCACUUCUUGUUGCCUUUUGGACUAGUUUUUUUUUCUUCUUCUUCUUCUGCACCGCCUUCGCUGACCUUCUGAGCUGAGUGGAUUUACUUUUAUCCUCUGGCGGACCAUGGGGCUAGGGUGGAGGGGUGCAGCAAGGACCCUCCGAUUAAGGACAGAGGGGAGCUGGUACCUUUUGGUGACAUUGCUGCUGCUCUGUGGUUUCUGGGAGGCUCACGCGCAGACAGACGAUGGGAAGUCUGUCUACUUCUGGGAAACAGGUCCAUGGGGAAGAUGCAUGGGCAGCGACUGUGGCCCAGGUGGCAGCCAAAGCCGGGCAGUCUGGUGUGCCCAUGUGGACGGCUGGACGACGCUACACACCAACUGUGACCAGGGCCAGCGUCCUUCCAACCAGAGAAACUGUUUCCGUGUGUGCGACUGGCACAAGGACCUUUAUGACUGGAAACUGGGUGCCUGGAAUGAGUGCGUGCCAGUUUCAGCAAGGACCUUUGGGGCCCCUCGGCCGUUCACAUGCAGUGGAGGCGAAGAGGGCAUUCAGACCCGGGAGGUGGGCUGCAUACUCAAAUCAGACGGCUCUCCAGCAGAGGAUGCCAUCUGUGAGUACUUUGAGCCCAAGCCUCGCCUGGAACAGGCGUGUUUGAUCCCGUGCCCUCAGGAGUGUGUGGUUUCUGAGUAUUCGCCAUGGACAUCCUGCUCCAAAACGUGUGGAACAGGCCUCAGGAACAGGGUCCGGAGCGUCCUGGUUCCUCCACUUUUUGGAGGUGCAGUUUGUCCAAAUCUAACUGAGUUCCAGUCUUGUAAACCGGGGCCUUGCACAGGUCUGGAGGGCAUGUACAGUCUCAGGGUUGGACCGUGGAGCCCCUGCGCACUCCCACAGACUCGGGCAGCACGCCAAGUCAAGCGCAGGAAAGGUAAAGGUCAGGGGCUCAGGGAGAGAGCCGGAGUCAAAGAUCCAGAGACCAGGGAGCUUAUCCAGAAGAAACGAACCAGGAAUCGCCUUAACCGGCAAGAGAGUCCAUUCUGGGACAUUCAGGUGGGCUACCAGACUCGGGACGUGACCUGCAUACACAGGAAUGGGAGCACUGUGGGACGCAAUCUGUGCGGACCAAGAGAAUUGCCGCUGACCAUCCAGUCCUGCGUCCUCCCCAAGGACUGCCAGGUGACCGACUGGGUCGAGUGGGGCCCCUGCUCCAAAACCUGUGUCGACCCAGAGUCCCCCAUAGGCAAUCGCACUCGGAGCAGACAGGUUCUUCAGUUCCCUGUGGGCGAAGGCGCAGCGUGCCCGCCGCUGGAGGAGUGGCAGCCGUGUGAACCUCAGGGUGACGGCGUGCCGCCCUGCGCCACUUACACCUGGAGAAGCACAGAGUGGAGUGACUGCCGGGUUGACUCGUUGCUAAGCCAACAGGACCGUCGGCGUAGCAACCUGACAGGGCUCUGUGGGGGAGGCUUGCAGACCAGGGAAGUUUACUGCGUCCAGGCCAACGCUGAGCUUCUAAAAUACCUCAACGACCUCAGAGAAAAGGACAAAGCCUCCCGCCCCGUGGAGAACAGUUUAUGCGAGGGUCCGAUCCCCAACAGGUCCCAGCUGUGCCAAAUCCCCUGUCCCAUCGACUGUGAGGUGUCACCGUGGGGCGCAUGGGGGCCGUGCACCUUCGAGAACUGUGACGACCAGGCUGGAAAGAAAGGUUUCAAAUUGAGAAAACGACAGAUCACCAAUGAGCCAACAGGAGGACCUGGAAACUGCCCACACCUGGUGGAGGCGGUGCCAUGUGACGAGCCCAGUUGUUACGACUGGCGACUGGUCGGUCUCGAUCAGUGUAAUCCCGACAGUGAGAAGCCGUGUGGCCCCGGCACUCAGCUCGCACAGGUCCAGUGUGUCAACAGCAACGGAGAUGAAGUGGACAGGAAUCUCUGCACGUCUUCCCCAACUCCAGAGCCCGUACCCUGUGAGGUGCCUUGCUCAAGGGACUGUGUGCUCAGCGAGUGGACGCCGUGGUCCACUUGCUCUCAGACCUGCUCUAGUAAGACCAUUGAGGGCAAACAGAUGAGGACACGCUCCAUUCUGGCCUACAACGCUGGGGAAGGUGGUGCUCUGUGCCCAAACAGCAGCGCCCUCCAGGAGGUACGGAACUGUAACGAACACGCCUGCACAGUCUACCACUGGCAGACGGGGCCGUGGGGCCCUUGUACUGAAGACCCGUCUGCCUCGACUCUCAACAUGUCCAGUGGUGACCGUCAGGGUCCCUGCUCCAUGGGAAUGCAGACGCGAAAGGUCAUCUGCGUACGUGUCAAUGUGGGACAAGUGCCGCCCAAGAAGUGUCCAGACAGCCCUCGACCCAGCACGGUGCGACCGUGUCAGCUGCCCUGCAAGAAAGACUGCAUCAUGACGCCUUUCAGCGACUGGACACCGUGUCCUGUCACUUGUGACGCAGCUGGUAACGCCGUGAAGAGAAAGCAAUCAAGGAAGCGGCUCACCAUCCAGCUGCCGUCCAACGGAGGACAGGACUGUCCAGAGGUGCUGGAGGAGGACAGGGACUGUGAGGUCCCCAAAAUCUGUCCAGGAUUCAGGUGGAAAACUCACAAAUGGAGGAAGUGCCAGCUGGUCCCAUGGUUUCUCAGACAGGACCAUCCCGGUGCGCAGGAGACCUGUGGUCCAGGACUUCAAACAAGAGCUGUGUCCUGUCGCCAGCUGGACGGGACGCAGGCCGACAUCAGCGAGUGUCUGAAAUUCGCCAAGGCCAUGCCUGCCAUCACUCAGCGCUGUCAGCUCCCCUGCCAGGAUGACUGCCAGCUGACCAACUGGUCCAAGUUCUCGUCCUGCACAGCUGACUGUGUGGGGGUCCGAACGAGAAAGAGGGCAUUGAUAGGGAGGAGCAAGAAGAAAGACAAGUGCAAGAACACGCAAAUGUACCCUCUGAGUGAGACCCAGUACUGCCCCUGUGACAAGUACAACGCUCAGCCAGUGGGGAACUGGUCAGACUGUAUCCUGCCUGAGGGGGGCAGAGUGGAGAGCAUCCUGGGGAUGAAGGUUCAGGGAGACAUCAAAGAGUGUGGACAGGGCUACCGCUACCAGGCCAUGGUGUGCUACGACCAGGACAGCAGGCUGGUGGAGACCUCACGCUGCAACAGCCACGGUUAUAUCGAGGAGGCGUGCAUCAUCCCCUGUCCCUCAGACUGUAAACUCAGUGAAUGGUCCAACUGGUCACGUUGCAGCAAGUCCUGUGGCAGUGGAGUCAAAGUUCGCUCCAAAUGGCUUCGAGAGAAACCUUACAAUGGUGGCCGGCCGUGUCCCAAACUGGACCACGUCAACCAGGCCCAGGUGUAUGAGGUGGUGCCGUGUCAGAGUGACUGUAAUCAGUAUGUGUGGGUGGCCGAGCCGUGGAGCGUGUGGAAAGUCAGCAACGUGGACUUAAAAGAGAACUGCGGCGAGGGAGUCCAGACCAGAAAAGUCAGGUGCAUGCUCAACACUAUAGACGGGCCGUCGGAGCCUGUGGAGGACUACCUGUGCGACCCGGAGGAGAUGCCCCUGGGAGCCAGGGAGAGCCGGCUGCCCUGCCCCGAGGACUGCGUCCUCAACGACUGGGGCCCCUGGAGCCGCUGCAGCCUGCCCUGUACCAGAACCAACAGUCGAGUGCGAACAGCAUACACCCUCCGGUCACCCACUGUGGGGAGGCAGUGUCCAGACACAACUGACAAGGAGCCCUGCAGCCUGAACCUCAACUGUUUCAACUACUUCUACAACAUCACGGACUGGAGUACAUGUCAGCUGAGUCCUAACGCUGUGUGUGGGAGCGGCAUCAAGACCCGGAUGCUUGACUGUGUUCGCAGCGACGGCAAAUCAGUUGAUAUCAAAUUCUGCGAGGAGCUGAAUUUGGAGAAGAAGUGGCAGAUGAACAUCUCCUGUGUGGUCGAGUGUCCCGUCAACUGUCAGCUGUCGGAGUGGUCGGCCUGGUCAGACUGUUCACAGACGUGCGGACUAGAAGGUAAGAUGUGGCGGAGGCGGUCAGUGGUCCAGGCCUCCCAGGGCGACGGCCGGCCCUGCCCUUCUCAGAUGGAGCAGUGGAAGCCCUGCCCAGUCCGACCCUGCUACCGCUGGCAGUACAGCCCCUGGUCUGAGUGUCGGGUGGAGAACGUGGUGUGUGGACACGGCAUUCGCUACAGAAACCUGUCCUGCUUCGUGUCGGACGGCUCCAGCGACGGUGAGGGCAGCUUGGUGGACGAGGAGCUGUGCAGCAGCCUGGAGCUGGCCAUCGAUGGAGAGAAGCAGAUCUACCUGAAGGAGGCCUGCAUCCUUCCCUGCCCAGGUGAAUGCUACCUGAUGGAGUGGUCCGACUGGAGCCCGUGUGUGAGCAUCUGUGUCAAGGGGGCCGGCGUGGACUUCGGUUCGGUUCAGGUCCGCUCACGAGCCGUGUUGGCCCAGGAGCCUGAAAACCUGCAGCUCUGCCCUGACCAGGCCUGGGAGUCUCAGCCCUGCACAGGGGGCGACUGUUACGAGUACAAGUGGUUCAGCAGCGUUCGUCUGAACUCCACCCGCCCUUUAAUCUGGUGUCAGCGCUCAGAUGGACUCAACGUCACUGGAGGUUGUCCUCCGAUGAACCCUCCAGUGGACAACAGCUCCUGUGAUCCUCCCUGUCUGAUGCCGAAGUCUUUCUGCAGCGAGGCUGGUAUCUGCAUGUGCGAGGAGGGAUUCACAGAGGUGCUGUCGCCCACUGGGCAGCUGGAUCAGUGUGCCCCCAUCCCAAUCCUGGAGAUCCCCACAGCAGGAGACAAGAAAGGGGAUGUGAAGACCAGUCGUGCCAUUAACCCCACCCUGCCCACCACCAUCCAGCCUGGACGCACGGGGCGGACCUGGUACCUGCAGCCCUACGGACCAGAUGGGAAGCUGAAGAUGUGGGUGUAUGGUGUAGCAGCCGGAGCCUUUGUGCUCCUCAUAUUCAUAGUGUCUAUGAUAUACCUAGCUUGCAAAAAGCCAAAGAGACCUCAGAGACAGAGGCAACAAAACAACCGACUAAAACCUCUGACUCUCGCCUACGACGGGGACACGGACAUGUAGUCCUCCGGGAGACGCUUCACCGAGCACUUCACCUGUCACAGAGACCCACUUCAUCAUGCCAUUACAGUGACGGACACGGAUGUUUGCAGCGUGAAUGGACACGUCACAGAGCGGAGAAAUUACAGAAAAUCCUCUUAGCAGAGACACUGGUGGGGUUUAACCAUUUCAAGUAGAGCUCCAUUCACUUCCCCCCUUCCUUUUUGUUUUUUUUUUAAAGUAUUUUCUUUUGCAAGAGCCUUCAUGACCUCCACCAUGUUCGAUGAAAUGCCUUUUUUUGCCCCCUACACUUCCACAGUACUUUAAAGAAAGGUUUCAGAUACAGGAGAGUCUGGGUGCAGAAGACAGACCCAGCUCUCAGUCUGUCUCUGAACAUGGCAGCACAAGCUCCAACUCUUCCCCCGCGCUUUUCCGCUUGUCCCUAAAAAUGCUGAGUAGCUGGAGGCUUAGGAUGCUCUGACGGUUCGUACGUUGCCAAAAGUCACCGCAGGGAAGAGGAGGAGGGAGAGGAAAAUCUCCAUAAAAAGGUUUGGAUUCCUUUUUCUCAAUCCUCAACUGGGUUUUGACUCAAAUCUCUUUUACAGUCUUGAACAAAAGGGAGGCAUUUCUUCUCUUCUUUUUGGUUUUUUUUGCUUGAUUUAGAGGCACACAGGCCUGUGUUUGUGGGAUAAACAGAUCUGUACGAUGCUGAUGGAGGAGUAGCCUGCAAUCAGUUGUUCAUGGAAACUACUGCCUGCCUGCCUCCACCCUUUCUUUGUUUCAGGCUCUACAUUGCACUAUAUUAGUGCAGCAUGAUAUGCACAUGACUUCUACCUUCUAUUGCCAUAAAACACUGCCUCUUCCACAGACGUAACCAUAACGCAGAGGAACCGCUAUCAACGCGAGGACACUCGAAGAAAACCGAAGGCGACGGGAAACGAUGUUUAGAUGUGUCACAUUCUCCAAAACAGAUGUGAAUCUCAAGUAAAUAUAUGUAUAGAUUUUAUUUCUCACAACGGAUUUUUUUGGUUGUAGUAAGGUACCUUUUGUGGUUUGUAGAUUUCGUCUGGUGUUAUCACUUUUAUUUCUGCCCAGAUGCAAUUAAAGAUUUAACUAUGAUAUCAGCGGGGGACGUCUUUUAAAGAAUCGCCUGCUUUAAAAGUUUUUUUUUAAUCAUAAAAAUUCAGAUUAAAUUUGAAUUCUUCAUUUUUUGUUUCGUUUUUUACCUACACUAGUAAGCUGUGGAAAAGCUGACACUUCGCGGUGAUUUAAGAAAAAGAAAGAAGAAUAAAUUAAAACCAUUCAUGUCAUGCAAAUGUCAUUUCUGCCUUACUGACGAUAACUAAAUACUAACAGUCCUGUAACACAGUUUUUAAUACUUGAAUGGGGCACAUUAUACACUACAUGUCCACAUAAUGAAGACUAAAUUUUCUUUUGAGGUCACUUAGCAAAGUAUACGUCAGAGUUUUUAAAACUUUUUCAUGUAGUAAUCCGUAUGAUAGGUGCUCUUUCAGUCACACGACAUGAGGUGAAAUAUAGGAUAAAAAAACAAUCUGUACAAACAAAUUAUACAACAUGUUAAUAAUAAUAAGAGAACACGCUUCUGCUGAGUUCAACGUCAAAGCAACCUGGUGUGGAGAAUGUUUACUUUUUUUGUUGUGGGAUUUGUAAAUAACAGCAAUUUUUUUAUUUUUUUGGAAAAAAAAUAUCAAAGUAUGUGUACAUUUAUUUUGUAUUGCACAGAAAAUGUUUAGUUUGAAUAUUGCAAAGUGGGUGUGUGAUAUUGCUGAUUGUUGUUAUCAUGAUGCAAGUUGUAUGUUACGAAAAAAAAAAGGAAAGAAAAAAGAAGCAGAAAAAGACGGAAGGCUCAGCCGUUUUGUACAGGUUGUUUAUAUGUAUGGGAAGAAUUACUGAAAAUAAAUAAGGACACGGUUGUAAACACACAAAGAAGGUUACGGAGCCAUUUUUGAAAUUUUCUUUACAUGUUCACAAGAGAGCAGAAGCCCUGAAUAAAAAUGUUCAAAUUGGCAUUAAAGGAUAAGCUGGUGUUUUUUUGUUUUUCUUUACUGUCAAUGAAUCCCAUGAAAAGAUAUCGAUGGUGUGUUAGCUCGUCAAUUACUGCGCAACUGAUACUGGAUUUUUGAGGCUGAUAGAGUUUUAAAAAUUGAUAAAUCAACCAGUGGUAAUUAUUGUAAACAAACACAAAUAAUACCAUGAAAAUAACAUCUUGGUUAGAUUUUUCUUAAGAAUUGUGACAAAGAUAGAGCCAAAUCACAAAAUGACAGUUAGUCUGGAAAAUCUAAGUUCAUUUUCAAUUUUCAAAGUUAUCAACAACCGUAAACCUAAAUGCCUCUGGACGCACUUUGAUAGACCUACACCCAAUGAGAGCAACCAAACAUGAGGUGGACCACGUUCAUUUCAAUCAAAGUUGCUCGGCAGCACAAGAAGCCAAAAAAAAGUUCAAUUUACUGGGUAUAAAAUUACCCCUAUCUAAUGCAUCCUGGGGCCCAUAGAGCAGGCACACCAGAGACGUUUGCCAGAGGAGGGGCUAACUUUCCACUGCUAACGUCAAUGGAGAUAAA